CCCGGCGGCGCGGCCGGGCCGGGCCGGGCCGGGCGGAGCGGGGCGGGCGCGCUGGGUGCGGGCGCCGCUCUCGCCAUGCGGCCGCUGCUGCUCCCGGCGCUGCUGCUCCCGGCGCUGGCCGCCGCCACGGCGCUCGGCGAGGGCGACCAGGUGCGCACGACCUCGGAGGGCUCCGACUGCCGCUGCAAGUGCAUCCUGCGGCCGCUGAGCAAGGAGGCCUGCGGGCGCGCGCGCCACGGCAGCCCGCGCGCCGAGGACUUCUACGCCGUGGAGACGGUGAGCUCGGGGGCCGACUGCAGGUGCUCCUGCACCGCGCCCCCCUCCUCGCUCAACCCCUGCGAGAACGAGUGGAAGGUGGAGAAGAUGAAGAAGCAGGCGCCCGAGCUGCUCAAGCUGCAGUCCGUGGUGGACCUGCUGGAGGGAGCGCUCUACAGCGUGGACCUCAUGAAGGUCCGCUCCUACAUCAGCAAGGUGGUCGCCCAGAUGGACACCCUGGAGGAGACCGUCAAGAGCAACCUGAGCCGGGAGAACGAGGCGGUGAAGCAGAGCGUCCUGCACCUCAGCGACCAGAUGCGCCGCUACGAGAACUACUCCGACAUCAUGAUGGGCAUCAAGAAGGAGAUCUCCAACCUGGGCCACCAGCUGCUGCAGAAGGACGCUGCCGCCGCCGCCGACGGCAGGGACGCGGCCCAGGACAGGGCCGGCGGCAGGGGCCCGGAGGCGGGCAGGUCCCCCAGCGCCCGCCGGAGCCCGGCGGACCGGGGGGCGGCGAUGGCGGCGGCGCGGGCGCCCAAGGAGAAGCAGCCCAAGGCGGAGAAGGCCCGGAGGGAGCCGGCCAAGGGCCGGGGGGCGGCGCAGCCCACGCCGAGGCCCCGGCCCCUCGCGGCCGCCCAGCCCGUGGUCCGCGGCAUCACCUACUACAAGGCCCGGCAGGAGACGGAGGGGGCGGCCGGCGGCCGCGGUGAGUCCGGGCUCCGCGGGCGGCGGGGGGGCCGCGUGGGGGGCCCCGAAAAACCCCGUGCGGCUCGUGUGCCCGCAGAGAGCCCGGCCAAGGGCGCCGCGCCGGAGCGGCCGCCGGAGAGGAGCCCCGAGCGGUCGGGCACCGCCGUGCCCGGCGCCACCGUCCCCCCCCGCGCCCCCUCCCCGGCCGCCCUCCUCGCCGCCGACGGCACCCAGGGCCCCGAAACGCCCGGCAGAGGGCGGGAGGCGGCGUGCGAGGGCACCCUGGCCUCGGUGGAGCCCCCCGCCGAGCAGCACAGCUACGGGCGCAACGAGGGCGCCUGGAUGAAGGACCCGGCCGCCAAGGACGACCGCGUCUACGUCACCAACUACUACUACGGCAACAGCCUGGUGGAGUUCCGGAGCCUCGACAGCUUCCGGCAGGGCCGCUGGAGCAACGUCUACAAGCUGCCGUACAACUGGAUCGGCACCGGGCACGUGGUCUACCGCGGCGCCUUCUACUACAACCGCGCCUUCACCAAGAACGUCAUCAAGUUCGACCUGCGGGAGCGGUACGUGGCCGCCUGGGCGCUGCUCCACGACGUGGUCUACGAGGACGCGACGCCCUGGAAGUGGAGGGGCCACUCGGACGUCGACUUCGCCGUGGACGAGAGCGGGCUGUGGGUCGUCUACCCCGCGGCGGACGACUACUCGCAGCAGGAGGUGAUCGUCCUCAGCCGCCUCGACCCCGCGGACCUCUCCAUGCGCAGGGAGACCACGUGGAAGACGGGGCUGAAGCGCAACGCCUACGGCAACUGCUUCGUCGUCUGUGGCAUCCUCUACGCCGUGGACUCCCACAGCGGGCAGGACGGGCAGAUCUCCUACGCCUUCGACACCCACACGGGCACCGAGGCGGACCCGCGGCUGCCCUUCCUCAGCCGGCACGGCUUCACCACGCAGGUCGACUACAACCCCAAGGAGAAGGUGCUCUACGCCUGGGACAACGGCCACCAGAUGACCUACCGGCUCCGCUUCGCGGUGUGAGCGCCGGCGGGAGCCCGGGUGCCGCCCGCGGCAGCGGGACCCGGGGCGAUGCCGCCCGCUCCGCCGCCGUGCCCGCGCGGUGCCGGCCGGCGGGACCCAGCGCGCCUUCGCUUUCGCCGCUCGUUAGCUUGUUA